AGCAGCGCCGGCGCCGAGAGCUGCCGGCGCCGCCGCCUCUAGCCCGGCAUGGCCAUGGCGUCUCCGGCCAUCGGGCAGCGCCCGUACCGGCUACUCUUGGACCCAGAACCGCCGCGCUAUCUACAGAGCCUGAGCGGCCCCAAGCCGCCGCCGCCGCCGCCGCCCCCGGGCCGGUCCUCGCGCCGCUGCGCCCCCGCGCCCCUCUCCACUGCGCCCGGGGCGCAGGAGGGACGCGGUGCCAGAAGGGCUGCCCGGGGAGACUUGGAGCCACAGCCUCGGGCUUCCCGACCCGUUCGCCCGCUCCGGCCUGGUCUGCAGCAGAGACUGCGGCGGCGGCCUGGAGCGCCCCGGCCCCGAGACGUGCGGAGCAUCUUCGAGCAGCCGGAGGAUCCCCGCGUCCCGGCGGAGCGAGGCGAGGGGCACUGCUUCGCCGAACUGGAGCUGCGGAGUGGCUGGGGCUGGUGUGACCUGUGCGGACGACAGGUGCUGCGUCAGGCGCUGCGCUGCGCUA